AUGGCUGCCGCGUUUGACGAUGAAGACCUUUCGGUCUCCUUACCCGCCCUAGAACGGGAUCCCCGAGAUCCAAAUCGAGAUCGAGAUCGAGACCGCAUCCCCGAGCUCGAUCGCAAGGGCGACCGCGCCCGUCCCAUCGCCACGGGGCUGGCAGACCCGGCGGCCGCCCCCUCCCCGGCGACGACUCGGGACAUGCAGCGCCUGGAUCAGUAUCAGACCAUUCGGAUUUUGGGGGAAGGGUCUUUUGGCAAGGUGAAGCUGGCUAUUCACCAGCCCAGUGGCCGCCAGGUCGCCCUCAAGAUCAUCUCCCGGCGCAAGCUCCUCUCCCGCGACAUGGUGGGCCGCGUCGAACGCGAGAUCCAGUACCUGCAGCUGCUGCGCCAUCCCCACAUCAUCAAACUCUACACCGUCAUCGCCACCAAGGCCGACAUCGUCAUGGUCCUCGAGUACGCCGAGCGCGAGCUGUUCGACUAUCUCGUCAAGCGUGGCCGCUGCAACGACUCCGAGGCCCGCAAGUUCUUCCAGCAGAUCAUCUGCGCCGUCGAGUACUGCCAUCGUCACAAGAUCGUCCACCGCGACCUCAAGCCGGAGAACCUCCUCAUCGACAGCAACAAGAACGUCAAGAUCGCCGACUUCGGCCUCAGCAACAUCAUGACCGACGGCAACUUCCUCAAGACCAGCUGCGGCAGCCCCAACUACGCCGCCCCCGAGGUCAUCUCCGGCAAACUCUACGCCGGGCCCGAGGUCGACGUCUGGAGUUGCGGUGUUAUUCUCUACGUGCUGCUGGUCGGCCGCCUACCCUUCGAUGACGACUACAUCCCCGCCCUCUUCAAGAAGAUCGCCGCCGGCAACUUCCACAUGCCCCCCUAUAUCUCUUCCGGCGCCGCCGCCCUCAUCCGCCAGAUGCUGCAGGUCCACCCCGUCCAUCGCCUGACCAUCCCCGAGAUCCGCCAGAAUGAGUGGUUCCUGCAGGACCUGCCCCCCUACCUGCAGCCGCCCCCGGAGGAGUUCAGCGGCUCUGGCCCCGACCCCACCCGCGGCGUCGACCCCCGCCGCAUCACCGCUGGGAGGCCGCCCGCCGUCCAGCACAAGAUCUACGAGGUCGCCAUCACUAAACUCGAGCGGAGCAUGGGCUACGCCCGCGACGACAUCGAGGAUGCCCUGAAGAACGCCGAACCGAGCGCCAUCAAGGAUGCGUUUGCCAUCAUCGUCGAGAAUGAGAUGAUGCAGACCAACUCACCCACCGAAGACCGGAUGAUGGCUCCGCCCCCCAAACGAACCCCUAGCGCGGCCGGGCGUCCCCCGAGGCCUGCCGCCGGUCGGCCGGCCCCGGCCCCACCGACUGCCACCACCACCCUGCCCACGCGACCCCGCAGUCACUCCCAGCGCCCGUCCGGACCGGGGUCCCCGCACGCGGCUGCCGCCACGCCCGCCACGCCCACCGAAGACCUGUCCACGCCGCGCGUCAGCCACGUGCGCAUCCUGCCCACCAGUCUGCCCUACGUGCACGACCAAUUGAUGGAGCAGCGUGCACGUGAGCGCGAGCAGUGGGCCCGCGCCCAGGAUCAGCAGGCCGAGGCCGCGGCCGCCGGGCAGGCGCAGCGCGCCGCCCCCGACGACCCCACCGAGCAGGCCCGCCAGCAGCAGGAGGCGACUGCCCGGGCCCUCAAGCCCCACGCCCGCAGCAUCGUCGACCUGGAGAAGCUGCGACUGGAGCCGCCCGAGUCGCGCAGCGCCCCGCAUCAGCCCCGCCGCAGCCGCAAGUGGCAGUUCGGCAUCCGCUCGCGCAACCAGCCCUACGAGGCCAUGCUCUACCUCUACAAGGCCAUCGCUGCCCAGGGCGGCGUCUGGGAGAUCCAACCUGCCGACGCCGGUCUGGCCACCAGCCCACCGCCUCCACCCCCCGGCCGGGACCCGCGCGAGUUGCCUUUGCAGACUAAAUACCCCGACCUGCCGCCGGACUACUACGUACCGCGGGACCCGUGGUUUAUCCGGGCCCGCCUACUGAAACAGGGGGUGCUAGCGCCCGGCCUGUCCGGCAGCGUGCACAGCAGCCGCAGCGACAUGGGCGAGUCCCGCCGGCGGUUCCAGCCUCCCGGCGCGGCGGGCGGGACCCCAUCGGAAGAGAAGGGCGGCAGCGGCAGCGGACCGGCGGACGGGACCCCAGUGUCGGGCCCAUCGUCAGCCACGCAGCUGGGGAGCACCAUCCGACGCAUCACCUACGGGGUGUGGGUCUUUGUCGACAUCCAGCUCUACCAGCUCGAGGAGCACAACUACAUGGUGGACUUCAAGUGCGACGGCUACCAGAACGUGAUCCGUGCCGAGCACGACGGCGCCGACUGGCAUCCCAUCACCAAGCGCUUCCGUAACAAGGAGAAGGAGGUGACCAGCCCUUAUCCGUUCCUGGACGUGGCGUCGGAUCUCGUGGCGCAGCUGGCGGUGGCUAGCUAG